UUUAAUAAAGUCGCAUAUUCGUAGAAAUUUAUAAUAAUUUAAGAAUGUUUCUUGAAUUUUAGAGCGUCAUCGAAAGUAACUGAGUGCUAUUAUAUGAUAAAAAUAAUUUAGAAUUAUGUUUAUAUGAGCAGAUAUAAGGAAUUUCGUAUAUGAAAAUUCGUUUUGUUUGUAAAUAUAAAAAAGACAGCAUGGCGCGGAUAAAGAGAAAAGAAAUGUCAAAACAUUUUACUAUUUUAUUCCUAUUCUUUCAAACCCUAUGUCAAAUAUGUCACAGUCUGGAAACAGUAGAAAGUCACAACCAAGCUUUCAUACAGACAGACAAACAUUUAACAUAUAUAGUAGGGGAUGUUAGUUCAGGAAUUCCAAUUGAGGUUAAAGCUGGGCAAGUUUAUAAUGAUUAUAU